AUGGACAAUGCAAAGGUGUCCAAGGCUUUGCAGGGCGCGCGCGAGAAGUCACAUGAUGACCUCCAGCACUACUUUCUGAGCUUCGAAGAUUACUGGGAGAGGAAGCUGUGGCACGAGUUGACGGACAUUCUGGUUGAGUACUACCACGAAGAAGAGAGCAAGCCGCAACGGAUAGAGCUGUAUGAAGGGUUCGUGAAGGCAUUUGCGGACAAGAUCAAUCAAUUGAAGUUGGUGGUAAUUGGGCUACAGGCGGCGGGACAGUGCAAAGACGACAAGACACGCCUCGACUUCCUCGCAACACUCGCCAAGCGAGUCAACAAACCCACGAGCCAAGAUGCCUACGUUCUCGCACUCUCACGCACUGCUUCUGUACGACUUAGCCUAAGUGACAAGACAGGCGCACGAACCGACCUCGAUACGUGCGAGAAGACACUCGAGAACUUCGACAGCGUGGAGAACGUAGUGCACGCCUCCUUCUACCGCGUCAGCGCAGACUACUACCAACAAUCGCACUCCUUCGCCUCAUACUACCGCACCAUGCUUCUCUACCUCGCAUGCGUCGAUCUCGCCACCCUUGCGCCGAAAGAUCGCCAACGCAUCGCAUACGACCUCAGUAUCGCCGCGCUGGUGAGCGAGACCAUCUACAACUUCGGCGAGCUCCUGCUCCACCCUAUUCUUGAGAGCCUGGCCAAGACCGAGCACGACUGGCUCCGCGACCUCCUCUUCGCCUUCAACCGCGGUGACCUUCACGCUUACCAGAUCCUUCAAACACAUCUCCGUGCCAAUAGCUUGCUGCAAACACACCAGACAUUCCUCUACCAGAAGAUCUCCCUUGCGGCCCUCACGCAGCUCGUCUUCUCCCGCUCGCCACAGGAUAGAGCUAUGACUUUCACGACUAUCUCGGAGGAGACUAAGGUGCAGCCGGACGAGAUUGAGCACUUGAUCAUGAAGGCUUUGAGUUUGGGCUUGUUGAGGGGCAGUAUCGAUCAGGUGGAGGAAGUGGCGAGGAUUACGUGGGUGCAGCCGAAGGUGUUGGAGAGAGGGGGCAUUGAGGCCAUGAGGGAAAGGUUGAGGGAGUGGGAUGCUGGGGUGGAGAGGCUGGGGCAUUAUGUUGAGGGCGUGGGCAAGGAGGUGUGGGCUGCGUAG